AAUGCAAUAAAGAAGUUGAAUAGUUUUGUAAGUGACUUCAAAUCAACUAGAUUGAGACAGCUAUUCGAAUCUUUUCCUGACUUGAAACUAAUGCUUACCCAUUUCAAAGAAGCCUUCAAUUAUGAAAAGGUUAUGCUUCCUGAAGUCUUAUUAGGUCAGGAAUGUGUACCAACGGCCGAUAUGACAGAG